AUGUACUGCGACAACGCGACGAACUUUGCGGGAGCAGAGAGCAAGCUUAGGGAGCUCCGGGAAGCCUUUCUGGUACAGGAAGAGGAGAUUCUCCAAUACGCCACCGACGAAGGAUUCAUCUUCGCCUUCAUACCUCCGAGGGCACCCCACUUCGACGGCCUGUGGGAAGCAGCAGUGGAGUCGGUCAAACAUCUGCUGGUGCGCGCCAUAGUCAACGCGCUGUUAACCGCCGAAGAAACCGCAAUGCUUCUCGUCGAAAUAGAAACGCUACUGAAUCCCCGACCUCUCGCUCCACUCAGCAACAACCCCAACGACGGCGAGGCGCUAACGCCGGCGCAUCUGCUAAUCGGUUUCCCCUUGUGA